AGAACAGCCACAUCUCCGGUGUUUUAUUUUGUUUUCCUGACUUUCAGCACCCAGACUGAUAGAGCCGAACCCAGAAUAAUCAAACCCCAAGAAAAGGAAAUAAAACCUGGAGCAGUCACAAUUCUGCUGCUCUAUGCUGAAUAAAGUCUCGAACAGAUGGUGGCGGUAAUGCACCAAAAGCUGGAUGACCAACCACGAUAAAGCAAGAAAAAAGAAGAAGAAGAUUUCACAAACCAGAACUACUACGAGCAGCAUGGAGGAGAACCAGAACCCGGACUCACUGUCUGCUACCACCAGUAAACAGAAACAAACAGGAAGAAAGGAAAUCAAAUAUCACUGCUGUCCGGAAGCCGCCACCACAUCAAGAUAUUUACCAAUUCCUCAGAAAACUCACACUGGAGAGAAGCCGUACAGGUGUGAGCAAUGUGGGAAAACUUUCACUAAAGACUGUAAUUUAAAAACACACCAACGCAUUCACACUGGAGAGAAGCCAUACAGCUGUGAGCAAUGUGGGAAAACUUUCACUAAUAGCAGUCAAUUAAAAUUACAUCAACGCAUUCACACUGGAGAGAAGCCGUACAGCUGUGAGCAAUGUGGGAAAACUUUCACCCAUAGCAGUCAUUUAAAAUUCCAUCAACGCAUUCACACUGGAGAGAAGCCGUACAGCUGUGCGCAAUGUGGGAAAACUUUUACUCAUAACAGUCAUUUAAAAAUUCAUCAACGCAUUCACACUGGAGAGAAGCCGUACAGCUGUGAGCAAUGUGGGAAAACGUUCACUCACAACAGCUCCCUAAAAACACACCAAUACAUUCACACUGGAGAGAAGCCGUACAGCUGUGAGCAAUGUGGGAAAACUUUCACUGACAACAGCUCCCUAAAAACACACCAACACAUUCACACUGGAGAGAAGCAUUACUGGUGUGAGCUAUGUGGGAAAACUUUUACUCAUAACAGUCAUUUAAAAAUCCAUCAACGCAUUCACACUGGAGAGAAGCCGUACAGCUGUGAGCUAUGUGGUAAAACUUUCACUCAUAACAGUAGUCUAAAAAAACACCAACGCAUUCACACUGGAGAGAAGCCGUACAGCUGUGAGCAAUGUGGGAAAACGUUCACUCACAACAGCUCCCUAAAAACACACCAAUGCAUUCACACUGGAGAGAAACCGUACAGCUGUGAGCAAUGUGGGCAAACGUUCACUCACAACAGCUCCCUAAAAACACACCAACUCAUUCACACUGGAGAGAAGCCGUACAGCUGUGAGCUAUGUGGGAAAACUUUCACUAAAGACAGUAGUCUAAAACAACACAUACACAUUCACACUGGAGAGAAGCCGUACAGCUGUGAGCUAUGUGGGAAAACUUUCACUAAAGACAGUAAUCUAAAACAACACCAAAGCAUUCAUACCGGAGAGAAGCCGUACAGCUGUGAGCUAUGUGGGAAAACUUUCCCUCACAACAACUCCCUAAAAAGACACCAACGCAUUCACACUGGAGAGAAGCCGUACAGCUGUGAGCAAUGUGGGAAAACUUUCACUCACAACAGCUCCCUACAAACACACCAACGCAUUCACACUGGGGAGAAGCCUUACUGGUGUGAGCAAUGUGGGAAAAUGUUCACUGACAGCAAUAAUCUAAAACAACACCAACGCAUUCACACUGGAGAGAAGCCGUACAGCUGUGAGCAAUGUGGGAAAACUUUCACUCACAACAGCUCCCUAAAAACACACCAACGCAUUCACACUGGAGAGAAUGAUUUGUGAUAAUUUAUGAUACAAUGACUGUUUCUUUAUUGCGUUUCAUGUUGUAUCAAAAAUCAGCGAUUAUGGUUACCAAAGUUUAACCUUUUGAAAGUAUUAACAUGCCACCCGCUUGUAGAAAAGCUGAAAUGUUACAUUGACAACAGUUGAAAAUGUGAUGGUGUGAUUUUUGUUUUUCCUAAGAAAAGCAAUGUAUUUGUGAGAUUUUAUGUAUAAAUGUCUUCAAGGUGGAGAACACUGUGAAAGAAAUGGGGACCUUAAUGACAUCACCUGCACUUUGUAAAGGAGUGUAGUUCAAGGUAUCUAAAUAUCAUGUUUUAUAAAGUAAUCCCAAGAUAACAAUGUUUUAACAAAGGAUGUAAUUCAAAAUCAAUAUUCAUGAAAAGUUGUAGUUAUCCAGCUGAAAAAUGUUUUUUGUUUUUUUUUUUACAUCUGAAUUUUUUUGAAAUGAUAAAAUGCAAUCUUAGUGACAUUCAUAAUAUGGGGUUUAAAACUUUCCCCCUGUUGACGGGUUCAGUGCCAGUGGCUGCAGUUUCUCAUUGAGUUUUUCUCUCUGGGCUUUAGUAGUGAUGACCAAAAUUUCAGAUUUGUCCUGGUUGAGCUGUAGAAAAUUCUCAGCCAUCCUUAAUUUAAUAUCUAAGAUACAGUUAAUAUCUAUGAUACAGUUAAAAUGGCUAUCUAUUGGCCCUGGGUUAUCAGGAGACAGUGCUAUUCACAAAAAAUAUUGAUGAUGUAUCCCUGACACUUAUGCAGCAGGCUUGUAUUUUAAUAAAUGACUGUUCACCUUCAAGUUUACUCUAAUG